AUGGAUGUCGAGGAAGUUUUAUCGCAUAAGAAUGGUAAACUUUACCUCGUGGGAGGCUUCUUGUAUGAGGUCGACAAGAAGCAUGGAGGUCGGCUGUACUGCCGCUGUAUAAGAACGAAGAGCGAUCACUGUCCUGCGCGGGUCACCAUAGAUAAGGACCCAGAGCUCGCCGUCGUCAAAAUGUCGACGCAGCACAGUCAUGGAGUCGAAGAUCGCGACCUCAUGAGGCGCAAUACGAUUCAACGAAUGAAGAACAUGGUGUCCGCGAGACCAGACAAGUCGUGCCAAGAGGUAUAUCGAGAAGCAUUGGCCGAUGCCGUCACUGAGUAUCAGACUCAGCACCCGACCGAAGAGAUCGGAGCAACACUGCCGAUGUAUGGCAGUGUCCGCAGUGCCCUGCAGAGACAUCGGGCAAAGGAUCGACCAACGCUCCCCCAGACUCUCGCCGAUAUCAUCCUCGAAGGCCAGUGGGCCACGACCAAGCUUGGGGUCACAUUCCUGAUGAUCGACGACGGAACAACCGAUCGGAUGCUGGGAUUCCUCACCGAGGAGGCCCUGACAAUUCUCUGCGGAGCCACGGCGGUCUUCAUGGAUGGCACGUUCAGAAUCGUGCCCUCGCUUUUCUGUCAGUUGUACUCUCUCCAUGCUUUCUUCAGAGGCCAGAUGAUGCCUUUGGCUUACUUUCUCCUGGCAGACAAGGAGAAAGACACAUAUAUUCGAAUGUUCAGGCUGAUCUCGGACCUCGCCGCAUCGAGAGGCUUGCUCUUCAGGCCGGCGAAAUUUCAUCUAGAUUACGAGGUGGCGGCCUUGAAGGCUAUAGAGCAAGUUUUCCCGACAGCAGCGAUCAGGGGAUGUGCCUUCCAUUUCUGCCAGGCUGUUUGGAGGAACGUUCAGAGACAUGGACUCUCAACGUCAUACAGCAAUGACGCCUCUGUCAAGAGGUUCAUUAAGUCGACGAUGGCACUUUGUUUCGUGCCAUUGGAAAGAAUCGACGACGCGUGGAUGGAAAUCGACGCCGAUUCCCCCGGAGCGGACCACGAAGCCUUCGCAAGGCUGAGUGAGUUCAAGGAAUAUUUCAUCCGUACUUGGUUGGAGAACGACGAACUCGAAGCCAGAACGACGAACCAUCUGGAGGGAUGGCACAACGCUCUAAACAAGAUGAUUGAGAAGUCGCAUGUAAACAUCUUCGAGCUCGUCGCUCAUCUCAAGGUGGAUGAAAACGAUUGCAGACUCCAGAGGGUCCUCUUGAGCGCUGGAAACCCACCGAAACCGGUGCGGAAGAAGUACGCUAUGCUCAAUGCGCG